AUGGCUCAGACUCCGCCUCUCUCUACCAUGGCUCUGCCCUAUCCCUCAGGUCCGGCCUUGGUCCCGCCCCUUUCCCUGGCCCUGCCCCUCCUCUCAUUCGGCCGGCAGGGCCCGCCCUACACUCCAAAAGGAACCGCGGCCGGACUGGGACUGAGUCUUCUUGGCUCUGCAGCCGGAGCUUGGAUUGCCAUGACGGCCUGUACCACAGCUAUCAGGGCCCAGCAGCUGCUGCUGCCGGUACUGAGUGCUCUAGGACUCUUGGCUGCAGGUGCUCCGCAGCCUCCCAACAUCGUGCUAUUGCUCAUGGACGAUAUGGGGUGGGGUGACCUGGGUGUGUAUGGAGAACCUUCCAGAGAGACCCCAAAUUUAGACCGGAUGGCUGCAGAAGGGAUGCUUUUCCCAAGCUUCUAUUCUGCCAACCCUUUGUGCUCACCAUCUAGGGCAGCCCUGCUCACAGGACGGUUGCCCAUCCGCAAUGGCUUCUACACAACCAACGCACAUGCAAGGAAUGCUUACACACCUCAGGAGAUCAUGGGUGGGAUCCCUAACUCAGAACACCUCCUACCUGAGCUCCUGAAGAAAGCAGGCUAUACCAACAAGAUCGUGGGCAAGUGGCAUCUAGGUCAUAGACCCCAGUUCCACCCCCUGAAGCAUGGAUUUGAUGAGUGGUUUGGAUCCCCCAACUGUCAUUUUGGACCGUACGACAACAAGGUCAAGCCCAACAUCCCUGUGUACAGGGACUGGGAAAUGGUUGGCAGAUUUUAUGAAGAGUUCCCAAUCAACCUAAAGACCGGGGAAGCUAACCUUACCCAACUCUACUUACAAGAAGCUCUGGACUUCAUCCGGACACAACAUGCAAGGCAGAGCCCCUUCUUCCUCUACUGGGCCAUCGACGCCACACACGCACCAGUGUAUGCCUCAAAACAGUUCCUGGGUACCAGCCUUCGAGGGCGGUAUGGCGAUGCUGUCCGGGAAAUAGAUGACAGUGUUGGAAAGAUCCUGAGCCUUCUGCAGAACUUGGGCAUCAGUAAGAACACAUUUGUCUUCUUCACAUCCGACAACGGUGCAGCGCUCAUCUCUGCUCCCAAAGAAGGUGGCAGCAACGGUCCCUUCCUGUGUGGGAAGCAGACCACGUUUGAAGGCGGGAUGAGGGAGCCUGCAAUCGCUUGGUGGCCAGGGCACAUUGCCGCAGGCCAGGUCAGCCACCAGCUGGGAAGCAUCAUGGACCUCUUCACCACCAGCCUGUCCCUUGCAGGCCUGAAGCCCCCCAGUGACAGGGUAAUUGAUGGCCUUGACCUCCUCCCCACCAUGCUCCAGGGCCACAUCAUAGACAGGCCCAUAUUUUAUUACCGUGGCAACACACUGAUGGCAGUCACUCUUGGCCAGUACAAAGCGCACCUCUGGACUUGGACCAACUCCUGGGAGGAGUUCAGACAGGGCAUUGACUUCUGCCCCGGGCAGAAUGUUUCAGGAGUCACAACCCACACCCAGGAAGAGCACACGGAGCUACCCCUGAUCUUCCACCUGGGACGUGACCCAGGGGAGAGAUUCCCACUCAGCUUCACCAGCGAUGAGUACCAGGAUGCCCUCAGCAGGACCACCCAGGUCGUCCAGCAACACCAAAAGUCUUUGGUCCCUGGACAGCCCCAGCUCAAUGUGUGUAACCAGGCUGUCAUGAAUUGGGCGCCCCCAGGCUGUGAAAAACUAGGGAAGUGUCUGACACCUCCUGAGUCUGUCCCCGAGAAGUGUUUCUGGGCCCAUUAGCCAAGACCGAGAUCGCUAGACAGCCAGCCCGCCCCACAGGAGCCCGGAAGGCCUCCUCCUGGGG